UGGCAGUGUGCGCGGUUCGUGGCUGGGAAUCGUCGACAGUGGCAUGGCUGCUUCACCUCUUAUCUUCAGGAAUUUUCCUCACGCCACUCUGCACUCCCAUCUUCAUCGUCAUUACCCUCUAAACGCUUACUUCGCUUCCCGCUCUACCUUCAAAUCUCUUGCUCUUCUUAAUUCUGCUGAGAUGGAAGGAGGUGAAAUAUCUGAGGAAGUAUCAAAUAAAGAUGGCGAGGAUUUGAGUAUGAAGAAGAAAAUUUUUGUUGCUGGAGCCACUGGAAGUACUGGUAAAAGGAUUGUUGAGCAGUUGCUGGCAAAGGGUUUCACCGUCAAGGCUGGAGUUAGAGAUUUGGAUAAGGCCAAGACUACUUUUUCCCAAAGCAACAAUCCGGCUCUACAAAUUGUGAAAGCAGAUGUCACGGAGGGUUCAGACAAGCUAGCUGCAGCUAUAGGUGAUGAUUCAGAAGCUGUAAUAUGCGCCACUGGCUUUCGGCCUGGGUGGGAUUUGUUCGCUCCAUGGAAGGUUGACAAUUUUGGCACGGUAAACCUGGUUGAAGCAUGCCGUAGAGCUAAUGUGAACAGAUUCAUUCUUAUCAGUUCCAUUUUAGUUAAUGGAGCUGCAAUGGGACAGCUAUUCAAUCCAGCUUACAUCUUUCUUAAUGUUUUUGGACUCACUUUAGUGGCCAAACUACAAGCAGAGCAAUAUAUCAGGAAAUCUGGUAUAGAUUACACAAUAAUAAGGCCUGGCGGAUUGAGGAACGAACCUCCUUCUGGAAAUGUUGUUAUGGAACCUGAGGAUACCCUUUAUUGAGGUACCAUAUCCAGAGAUCAAGUUGCAGAAGUAGCUGUGGAGGCCUUGGCCUGUCCUGAGUCAUCUUAUAAAGUAGUGGAGAUAAUAUCCCAGCCUGAUGCUCCUAAACGUUCAUACCAGGAUCUUUUUGGUUCCAUAAGGCAGCGUUGAUUUCUUAGUUCAGGACUUCGUUAUGAGUCGCUAAGUGCUUUCCCUGAUUUUUUCACGGCUGGGUGGCAAAUAUGUACCUAUGAUAUCAUAAUCAUCUGUGCUGCUUCAGUAUACUGUAUGGUACUGUUAGACAUGUAAAACUAAAAAAUCAAUACAUAUCUUUGAACCUUUUUCUUUUCA